AUGCUUGCUGUCUGCUGGCUUCUUUUGGCCCUGGGACCGCGUCUGUCACUGGGAUCUCAGGCGGAAAGCUGCGUCGCAGAGGAGCUCGCGGCAGAAGAUGUGAAGGUGUCGAUGCUUCAGACGUCCCUUCGCCUUCUGCCCAAAGACACGGGGCCGGUGAAGGACCAGGUCUACAACUUGCACAUCCCAAAGUCUGCGGGAAGCUCCUUCGCACUGGAUGCGCAGCGCAUCUUGAAGGCCUCUGGGCUGCAGAUCAUCAGCCAAGAGGGCUGCUACGAUCUGCACAAAAGCAAUCCGCAGCUCAAGGGCACCGUGACCAUGCUGCGUAGCCCGCGGGAGCAUGUGCUCUCCCAGUUCGGCAUGUGCCACAGCCGAUGGGUCAAGGAGUACCGAUUUGCAACGCACCUGCCUGGCGUCGCCAUGCUGCCGAAGAGCUUCCAGGAGUGGAUCUGGAAGUGGGCGGACCUCGAAGAGAGCGGCUGGCACGGCGACUUCACUCCGGGAGCAGAUCCGGUCACGGGCGCCUCGAUGGAAACGAUCAUCCGGAGCCAUCGGGCAGCGGCCUGGGGCGAACCUCCGUACAGUAUCGCACCAGGAACACAGCUGAGUGUGUCCGACUGGCCUACGCUGGAUGGCGGCGGCACCAUCUGGCACUUCACCCAUGUGCCCUACCAAUGCUACGUCCCCGUGAACUUACAAAGCCACAGGAUGACUUGCCAGAAGCCGCUGCAAUAUGGGCAGCCGGACAUCGACAAGGCUCUUCUGCUGAAGAACCUUGAAGAUCUCUGGUUCGUGGGUUUUGCGGAAGCCUACCAAGCUUCCAUCUGCCUGCUGCACGCCAAAGUGGCCGGUAAGCUCCCGUCGUAUUGCAACUGCACGGACCCGGUGAGCUGGAGUUCCUUCCAGGGCCACAAGGAGAAUCAGAACUCGACUCACUCAGGCAAGAAGGAGAUUCCUGCCGAUGUGCUGUCGGAGUUGGAUUCUAUUACCUUGCUCGAUACCCUGCUCUACAAAGCAGCGUGGCUGCGCUUUGUCCAGGAGGCAGCCGACGUGGAGAAAAGGUUAGGCAUGCGGAUCCUUUGCAACGUCCAGCUGCCCCUUCUGGCGCCCUCUCCGCCGAGCUCUGGGGAUUAG